AUGUGCUGGCGCCCGCACGCCCUUGUGUUUUCGGCGCUUUUCCGAUGGCGACAGGGACCGCUGUUGGCCAGCUGGGCCCGUGGGGCCCCUCCUUCCGCUUCCGCGCGGGGCGGAAGGAAGUGCGGGAGGCUCCUUCCGGCGUCGUGACGCGCCGGGGCGGAGGGAUGCUGACGGCCGUGGCGGCCGGCGUCGCGGAAGCGCCUGCGGAGCGGCGUAAGGCGGCCGUGGUGGGGGGCGGAGCGGGGCUCGGCCCGCGCGUUGGCGUCUCCGUGGCCGUAACCGCGGGCGCGUCUCUCUGCAGGGAGCGUGCCGGCGGUGCGGGCCCGGCCCGGCGCCCCGCGGCGAUGAGCGGCGAGCGGCAUGAGCGGCCGUGGCGGGUGGGCCGCCUGGGGCUGGGCGCCCCCGCCGGGGCCGCGGCGCCCAGAGGGUCUGGCGAGCGGCGAGCGGGAGCGGCGGCGGCGACGGUUGCAUCAGGCGACGCUGAUCGGUUCCGGGUGCAGCGGCCGGUAGCGCAGAGGGUCCCCCGAAGCCAGGAUAGGUUUCAAAGGUGGAUGACUGAACCCAUCAGCCUUUCUGCGAGUGCAGAUGAGACUCAGAAAAAAGAUACUAUGUCAAUACAGUUGAUGAAGCAUGCAAAGGAAGUUGAUGUUCCUUGUAAUGAGCUUGGUUCAGCAAGUAUGUGUACUGACUGGAAAGAGCAAUCUACAUCAGAAAUAAGAAAAGAAUAUGUACACAGAAGCACUGGAAAACUUGAGAAGAUGGAUAUGGUUAAAUCACUUAUGGCAGAUCAGGAUGUCUACAAAAACUGUGAAGUAAACUCGUCUGUGUCUAGUAAUCCUUCAGCAAUGGAGUCAUCUGUGGAUAGUGAGGAGGACAUGUAUCGUGAUGCAGAAGAAAUAGAGAGAGAGAAAAUAUUACUUGUUUGUGAGACGGGCUCUUCAGAAUAUAAACCAAGCAUUGCACCUGAAAUGGACAUCAUGGAAUAUUGCAUAAAAGAAUGGAGAGGCAAUACACCAGUAGCAAAAAAGAUGAAAAAGGGAUAUGAAGCAGUUUCUCAAAAAUUUGCAUCUAUAAGGAGAGUACGAGGUGAUAACUACUGUGCUCUCCGGGCAACUCUGUUUCAGGCGCUAAGCCAAGCUACUCAAUUACCAAGCUGGCUGCAGAGUGAGGACUUUACCAUGCUUCCUGGAAAGUUGUUGAGCAAAUAUGACUGGAUCAAGCAGUGGCAGCUAAAACAAAAACUGGGCAGGAAGACGGGAGAAAUAAGUGAUGAAAUUAAAGAAUAUUUAAUGCUAUUAAGGAAAAAGUGGAAGAAUAUCAGUGAAAUCAAGGCUCCUAAUGAGAAACAAGAUGCUUGUGAUGAAUUGUUUAAAAAUGAAGAGGAGGAGUACAGCCUGUAUGAAGCUCUGAAAUUUUUGAUGCUCAACACAGCUAUUGAAUUGUACAAUGAUGAUAAAAAUGGAAGGAGGGUUCCUGUCUUCUCGUGGUUACUGUUUGCACGGGAUACAUCUAGCAACCCUUGUCAGUUAAUGCAUAAUCACUUGAAUCAAAUUGGUCACAGCGGAGGCCUUGAACAAGUGGAAAUGUUUCUCCUUGCUUAUGCUCUGCAGUACACCAUCCAAGUUUAUCGACUGUAUAAAUAUAAUACUGAUGAAUUCAUCACACUCUAUCCAAAUGAUCCAAAGGAGGACUGGCCUGUGGUGACUCUCAUAACUGAAGAUGACAGACAUUAUAAUAUUCCAGUUGGAAUGUGCCAAGAGACUAUGUUGUAAACAAGUGAUUUUGGCAGACAGAUUUAUGCUGUUUAUUGAGGUUUCCAGUGCUAUUUUGAAAUAGGUUGAUGAUACAUUAAGUCUGCAGCAGCUUGAAAUUCAUGUUUCAGAAGCUUGCAUCUGAACUAAAAUACCGAAAAAAUCUUAAAGAGUAACUGAGUAGGAAUUUUGCAAAUAUGUUUUUUGCUGCCUGUAAAUUUCUUUUAAUAGAGACUUAAUGGUUUCCAUUUUUGAAGGGAAUGCAAAAAUUACAGGUUCUCUUCUUAAAAGAAGGUAGGUCAGAUUCACUAGCAAGAGAUGAGCUGAUCUUCUGUUCUUAGAACUAAUUAGAUAAUGAUGAAUUGAAAUUUCUGGAAAAGUAAGUUAAGUAUCCUGAUUGAUUUUGAUAAUGCUGUUUAGAAGCAAUUUGUAUGACUGGGCCUUAGGAAGCGGUGUAAUUCUGCAGUUGUAGCAUAAAACCAUGGCAGACAUUAAGUUCUAAGAGAAAUGUUUGUUAGAAGUUUCCUGAUGCUUUGAGAGCUGUUCAGACAUGAGUAUCUUUUAUUUAGAAGCUAGGCACGUGUUACACUGAAAACGAAGAGCUUUUUACCCCUUUCAGCCUCUUGAGAGGGUUGUAGCAGAGGGACUCGAUAAUCGGGGAGUAUAAAAAUUCUUUUUUAAUAAGUCACAAAUUUGAAACCUACCCAGAAUUCUCUCUUCAUUUAUGAUAGCUGGUGUGAAAUGAACACAUGCUACUUACUUCCAUGUUUGUUAUUACUGUUGUUGUAAUGUUAAUCUUUACAGGUAGCCACUAUGGAGAACAUAAAGAUUUGAGUCUAUCCAGACAUUGCAGUAGGUGGAAAUAAAUUUAUGGUGUGAAUUGUUCUUUCUGCAUGUGACAGUUCUCCUGUGGUAGGUUCUAUAUUGCUGAUUAGAAGUAUUAAACAUACUUAAAAUUGAAGGAAUGCAUAAUAUGUCAGAUGCUGUCAGUGCUGGCAUACCUUAAAAAAAAAAAAAUCUUUAUUUUUAGCUUAAAGGGGAAAUGUGUUCUACAGAUGAUUCUCAGAACAAGUGAGUGAGAUUUGAUUUAAAUGAAAUGCCAGCCAGGCACAGAACACCUGACUCCCUUUAGAAGGCCUUCUUACACAAAAGGGAUGAGGCUAUAAAAGCUACUUUUCAUUCAAAUAUCUUACAGGAAAUGGCAUGCAAAAUUUCAAAUUUUCCUGUUUAAACUUUUGAAUUUUUUAUUGUGAAAAACCAUUACACAAUAAGAAUGUGUAUUCACUACAUUGUAAAAUGUGUUUUAGCCACAUUCUUAAUGAGACCUAUCAUGUACUCUUAAGUGUGGUAUUUAUCAUGUUAUCUUCAGCUUUUAAAAUGACUAGUCUGGUCUAUUAUAUUGAAAAGGUUCUGGGAGCCACAAAGAAAAAUAAACCAGGUAAUCUUACAGUA